UCGGGACCCGACGCUCCCUGGGGCCAUGGCCGCGUGCCGGGACCGCGUGCGCCUCCGAGAAGCCGGGGAGAAGGGCGCCUCCAACGGGGAGAUCGGCCCGCAGGAGGCCGGCAACGGGGCCCUCUUCCCCCCGCCGGGCUCCCCCUCCAAGGCCGCCCGCCUGCGGGGCUGCCUGCGCGCCAACCUGCUGGUGCUGCUGACCGUGGCCGGGGUGCUGGCCGGCGUGGCGGUGGGGCUCGGCGUGCGGCAGGUGCCGGGCGGGCUGAGCCGCGCCGGGAUCCUCGCCUUCUCCUUCCCCGGCGAGCUGCUGCUGCGCCUGCUGAAGAUGAUCAUCCUGCCGCUGGUGGUCUGCAGCCUGGUCUCCGGCGCCGCCAGCCUGGACCCCGCCGCCCUGGGCCGCCUGGGGGGCUGGGCCAUGCUCUUCUUCCUGCUCACCACGCUGCUGGCCUCGGCCGUCGGGGUCAGCCUGGCCUUCAUCAUCCGGCCCGGGGAGGGGGCCGCGCCGCCCAGCCUAGGGGGCGAGGGGGGCGGAGGCGUGCCCGAGGCCAAGGAGGUGGCGGACUCCUUCCUGGAUCUCAUCAGGAACAUUUUCCCUUCCAACCUGGUGUCGGCGACAUUCCGCUCGUAUGCUACCCGCUACAAGCUGGUGGUGAUCAGGAAGAACAUCACUGAUGAGCUGGGAGUUUUCAAUGAAACUGUCACAGAGGAGAAGGUUCCCCUGGGAGAUGAAGUGGAAGGGAUGAACAUCCUGGGUUUGGUGGUUUUUGCCAUCGUCUUUGGGAUUGCUCUGCGGAAGCUUGGGCCCGAGGGGGAAAACCUGAUAAAGUUCUUCAACUCCUUCAAUGAAGCCACCAUGGUGCUGGUCGCCUGGAUCAUGUGGUAUGCUCCCCUUGGUAUCAUGUUCCUGGUGGCUGGCAAGAUUGUGGAGAUGGAGGACGUGGUGGUUCUCUUCACCAGCCUGGGCAAGUACAUCUUCUGCUGUAUCUUAGGGCACUUCAUCCACGGCUUCAUCCUCCUCCCAGUUAUCUACUUCAUCUUCACACGCAAGAACCCCUACAGGUUCCUCUGGGGCAUCUUCACAGCGCUGGCCACUGCCUUUGGCACCUCCUCCAGCUCUGCCACGCUGCCGCUGAUGAUGAAGUGCGUUGAGGAGAACAAUGGCGUCUCCAAACACAUCAGCCGCUUCAUCCUGCCCAUUGGGGCCACGGUCAACAUGGACGGGGCUGCCCUCUUCCAAUGCGUGGCGGCCGUCUUCAUAGCCCAGCUGAACAACGUCCCACUCAACUUCAUCCAGGUCAUCACCAUCCUCGUCACAGCUACAGCCUCCAGUGUAGGGGCAGCGGGGAUCCCUGCUGGUGGCGUCCUCACCCUCGCCAUCAUCCUGGAAGCCAUCGGGCUGCCAACCAACGACAUCUCCCUCAUUCUGGCUGUGGACUGGCUUGUGGACCGCACCUGCACCAUCCUCAAUGUGGAAGGAGACGCCUUUGGAGCCGGCCUCCUGCAGGUGUACACAGAGAGGACAAUGGGGAAGACUGAAGCCGAGGAGCUGAUGGAGAUCAAGACUGAGGCCCUGGGCCCUAACAAGGUUCCAGGCGAGGAGGAAGGCUCCCCACUGAUCAAGAGAGACGGGCCCAUCCUGCUGGCUGCUGUUGGCUCCUGCGAGAAGGAGUCUGUGAUGUAAUCAGCGCCCGGAGCGUGGUUCUGAUUGGAGACUUCUUUUUUCCUUUUUUAGGGUUCCUUUUUAAAGAUGUCAAUCAGGGCAGAAAUGGCCACUUCCAGUUUUCCUAAGCCAUGAACCUCCUGGGCUGAGGCAGUCUCGGUGAGGGGGCUGAUUAGCUCGAGACAAUGCGACAACUCUCUAGAGUGACCCCCUGACACCCACUGAUCUGACUUGUGUUCAGGGAGCUGGAAUCUAGGCUGGGCUUCCAGCCCCACCUCUUAUUCCUUUUCAUGUUGAUCCCUUUCUCCUGACGCUGGCUGCAGCCUGUACUGGCUCUCGGGCCUCUUCAAUCACUCCUUGCCUCUGACCUUCUGCUGUCUGCCCUCCACCCCUGCCCCCUUCCUGUUAAUUUUCUGGACCAAGCAAGCACCAGAACUGGCCUCCCUGCGCUUUAAAUGUGCUGAAGCAUCCGGCGUUUCUUGAAUGACGGGUAACUCCACUUUCUGUUGUGCGCUUUGCUGCUCGAGUGGAGGCUGGCUGGCUCGCGGGCCCCUCCUGACCUCUCCUUGCCUGAAAGACUUGAUACUCUAGCUCAGCCAGAACUCUGGCUGGGGGUCCCUGCAAGAAAUCCUCCUGCAUUCUUUCCAUGUGGCUACAACUCAAUUGUGAAACAGCUUGUGCCUUUGUCUGUGUGGCUGUGAUCCAGUCCUGUCUGUCAUGCCGGUCCCGGAGGAGCCAGCGCUGACGUUGGUGCGGAAUCGUGUGUCUGUGUCCCACGGUCUCUUCGUGUCCUGGUUGCUCCAGCCAGGCUGACGUAAUUUAUUUUGCUAUUUAAACGAUACGAAUGAGUUGGUGGCUCCAGACUAGACGGGAGGGAGCCCUUAGGCAGCACCAAUGGACUGGAGGCUGCAUGUGGCAUUUGCCAUGAAAAGGGGAUGGGACAGAUCCUGGACUGAUGGGGAAUCCUGUACAUUAACACUCCAGCUAGGCAUUGCCUUAAUUAUUUGAUUCCAAGUCCUGGUUCUUGGACUGGACACUCCAGCCAAGGGUUACAGCUCAGUGCUGAUGUGUCAACCCUCUGGCGCUUCAGCAUAACCUCUGACAGGCUGCGGUUCCUCUGGCCCCCUUCAUUCCUUAGCCUCAUAGACCCAAAUCCUGCAGGGCUGUUCCCAUACCAGCUGGACCUUGCUGCUCUCGCCUGUGCCACGACCAGCCAGGUGGGGCUCUGAUCUGGGGCUGUUCUCGGGGGGAUGGGAGGAAAUGGCUUGUUCUGUUCUGGCCCCCAGCAAGCCGUUCUGGGGGCUGUCAGGCCCUGGUAGGGGCUAAGCUAUUGACCUUGGCCACAGCCUCAGUCUGGUGUGUUGGUCUGUUUGACUCUGUCAUAUCUGCCCCAGAGAGGCUUUGGGGUGACGAAUCAUGGGGGACGGGAUGGGUUAGCUCCUGGCAUCAAGGUCCGAUCCCGUUUUAAACAGAUGGAGGGGCAGGCUAGGAGAAGAUACCAGGCCCCUCGGUAGAUCUGACCGGAGAGAGUGUUUGCGACACUGGCCAUCUCAGGGCCAGGCUGGAUCUUGGAUGUGACUGCCCGCUCUGCUGGGUCCAUGUGCUGUUACUGACCCAGUGUCUGGCUGAUUCCCCCCUAGGCCAGGGGCUGGUCAUUUCCAUUCCUCAGACUGGCUCUUCAACGCUGAUUUUCCUUAGGUUUUUGGAGGCCCUUCGUUUGCCUUCUAAGGAUCCCUCAACUCAGGGCUGAGCCUGGGGUUCACUGGGGGGUGCUGGGAGAACCAAGACAUUCCUGGGAGAUGCCAGGGCUGCCUGCUGUGCCCUGUCGCCCUGCAGGCUGCGGUUCUCUGCUAAACCGUGGCUGGUGCUGCUGAGCUGUGACAGCCUCGUCCUCUGAAGAAGAAAUUUGAGCUGCUAAUCAGGCCGGGGGGGGGGGGGGAGUCAUGCACCAUCCACCAGGGUCUGGUUCCUCUUAGCAGCCCCAGGCAGCCUUGCUUCUACCCAGGGGACUCUUGGCACCAGGCGAACAUAUGGGCAGCUGCUGCAGAUUGGCGAUUCCCCCCUCCCCCCCCUCGAGCCAGUCCUCGGAUGUCGAGCCACUCGCUGGUGAGAACAAGCCCUGGCUGAUCCCCGUGUCAACUCCCUUUUCGGGGCAGGGGGGGUGGGGAGUGGUAGAUUUUUAAUGCAGCUGUCGCUGCUGGGGACAUUGGCACGAAACGGGUGCUUCAGGACAUUAAGUGGCCUUGUGCCAAAUGUGCCUCCGGCAGCUUUCUCCAUGGCAACCAAGCGAUGGCAGACAGGAUCAUUACUCCAGGUGAGGGAAGAAACUGGAGCCAUGGGUGAGCUGGCUCUAGAGGUACAAGCUGUACUGCCAGUCACGUGGCUGACUCUGGGCUGUAGCACGGGCUUCUUGACCUCUGCCAUAGCUUCACGGUCACCUUCAGCCAGUCUCCUUCCCUGGGGAAGGCAGAUGUCCUUGGCUGCGCAGAUAACCUGGGUUUUAGCCCAGCCACCUACAAAACCCUCUGGCCCAGCUUGCUUUAAGGCUAGGCCAGCUAGCACAGGCGGGGAUAUCUGCUGAUAGUCCUCCCAGGCCUGCCCACAAUCCCCCCCCAAGGAUCGACCCAUUCUGCAGUUGCCUCGGAAAUAAUCCUCGGUCCAAGAAGCAGCGGCUGUGCCCCCAGAUCCACACAGACAGGUCGGAUCUAGCCCACGGUAACACAAGUAGGGCUUUGCAGGGGCAUGCUCACCUGGGCUAGCCUGCGCCAGCUGCCUCUCACCAGUGUGGCCUGGACAGAGACUCCAUCCCCUUUGUUCCAGCAGGGGGUGAGAAAAGGCCCAAUAUGGGGGAUAACUGAAUCCUGAGGGUGGUGAUUUGAGGGGCAUCCCCCACUGGGGUAUAACCCCUGCUUAGGCCCCAUAGCUGCUACGGUGAUAUAGCACUCCUCAAGCACAGCCCUAUCUGCAGUCUUGGGUCUGUACUAACCCUGGAUUUCAGUGGAUCUUUGCCAUCCUAGUCCCGGGGAGAUGGAAGCACAAUUUGAAGCAAGAGUAACUGUAGUGGGAGCUCUGAUUUUCAGGCAGACUUUACUGGGAGGGACUGCAGGUCUCAUCGCUGUUGGGUUUGAAAGCCAGCCCUGGGCCCUAUCCCUGGAGACAAGAAUUUCCAUCUCCAGAAGGUACCUGUGCGUAGGAGCAGCAGAACUUGGUUUACACUGCCCAGGCAAGGCUGGCCCACAGAUCAGAGCCUGUGGUGCAGUCAGGUUGGGUACAGGUCUAUCUGAAUCUGCUUCAGCUUUUUGGAAGCAUGAGCAAGUCCCUCGACUGGUCCUUGGGCUGAGAUCUCGCCACUGCCCCUCAGAUGGAUAUGGAUGGGGAUGCAGGUGCAAGUCCUGUCCAAAGUACACAAUGCCAAAGGAAUUGGGGUAGGAGCCCUGCAGGGGCAGUGCUGCUCUCAAGGGUGCUUGGCGCGGGUGGUAGCAGUGUCUGUCCUCAAUGCUGCAAUGACUGUAACUCUAAAAUGUGUCUAGUCUUGACUGUAGACAAUAAAACAGACUGUCCACA